AUGAAAAUUCUGCGGCUCGGCGACAAGUACAUCCAGCAUGUUCUCAAGCUGGUCAGCCACCGAGACUACCGCUUCUCCAAGGAGACAUGUGUAGUCACCGGUACAAAACUGGUCCGAGACUUGGGGAAGCGGUAUCGCUUCAAAGAGAUCAUCUGCAGCCGGCCGAGUCAUCCAGAUCUCGCAACAUUGAACUUCGAUGAGUUGCAUGUGACCGAGCCGAGGAUUUUGCGGAAGAUCGCCGAGUUGGAAGAGUUUGAUGGCCUUAUCGGGACAUUGACUCUGCCUGCCCGACGCACCAUCAAAGAGAUCACCCAUCCUCGUUUACUGUUGUGUUUGGACUACAUCGAAGACCCCGGUUUGAUGGGCACCCUGCUGCGCACGGCGGUGUCCUUCCAGUGGCAGGCCGUCUUCUUCCUGCCAAACUGCGCAGACCCCUUCAGCAGCCGCUGCUUAAGAGCUUCACAAGGGGCCUUGUUCAACAUCCCUCACUGCAAGGGGAACAUGGAGGACUUACACAAGCUCUGUCGUCGUGGGCAACUGACUCUGAGCGUUCCCCACCCAGCCGGCGUGGACGUGAGCAGCGAGACCUACGAGCCGCCCAAGGGUCAGGCCUUGCUCCUGCGCGAAGAGUAUACAACACCUUGGGCGCCUCCGCGCGAGGCCUUGAAGAUUAAGAUCCCGGACCCCUGGCGUGGACAUCCGAAGGGCACUCCCGAUGGUGAGGAGUUUGACUUCCGGGCCUUAGAUGUCGCCAUUCAGGGUGGGAUUCUCAUGCACCACAUCAAGCACACGCACUUCCCAGAGGUCUCACGCACCCCGUUUCUGGCAUCACCGCGAGUAUAG